UAACUGUACAAGUUUGACGCCACAAAAUGCAAUCUCGCUCAUACAAAGAUGACUGCGUAAUUUUUGAUGAUGACUUUCCUGGAUAUUCAGUAAACACUUUCAGUUUGGCUGACAAGUAUCAAAAGUACAUAGAGAGUAUAAUCGUGCCAAAUGGCAUGAUCAAAGACAGUUUAUUGGUAAAACGAAGAUCAGACUGUUCACAGUUCCCAGUAGAUUUUGUUGGCUUUGAAAUUCCAAACCGAUUUAUUGUUGGAUAUGCCAUAGACUAUAAUGAUUUUUUUCGGGAUAUUCCUCACAUAUGUUCCAUAAAUAAUGAAGCGAAGAAACUGUUUGCUGUAUCUAACGUAAGUACAGAAAAAUAGGUGAGAAAAUCCAUUGAAAACAUUCAAAUACAACCCUGUUCACUGAAUACUUCAAACUGUUAAAUAUCUUUCCCAUA